UGCUGUUUAAACUGCUGUUUAUUGGAUAUUUAUUUGCUGACUGUGUUUAUUGAAGGUGGUGUUGAAAAGAUCAUUGGCAAGAUUUCGGAUGGCUGCAUAGCACAGCCACAGGAAUAAAUCUUCAGGCUGGCCUCAGCCUUCAGGGACCUGGAGCUUGAACCAGGGGACACCUUAUGGAUGGGAGAUGACGGCUAACAGAGAUGGAAGAGAUUACUUCAUCAGUCACAUGACACAAUCAGCCACAUUUGAAGACCCUCGAAUAGAGAGCUGCCAAAUAACCCCUCCAGCCCCUCGGAAAGUGGAAAUGAGGAGGGAUCCUGUGCUAGGAUUUGGGUUUGUGGCUGGUAGUGAAAAGCCAGUUGUUGUACGCUCAGUAACACCAGGCGGCCCCUCUGAAGGAAAGCUUAUACCAGGGGAUCAGAUCAUAAUGAUUAAUGAUGAGCCAGUCAGCACUGCUCCAAGGGAGAGAGUCAUCGACCUUGUCAGAAGCUGCAAAGAAUCGAUCCUCCUUACUGUUGUUCAACCUUAUCCUUCUCCUAAAUCAGCUUUUAUUAGUGCUGCAAAAAAGGCAAGAUUGAAGUCCAAUCCUGUCAAAGUGCGCUUCUCUGAGGAAGUAAUUAUCAAUGGGCAGGUGUCGGAAACAGUUAAGGACAACUCGCUUCUUUUCAUGCCAAAUGUUCUAAAGGUGUAUCUUGAAAAUGGACAAACCAAAUCUUUCCGUUUUGACUGCAGCACUUCAAUAAAGGAUGUCAUCUUAACACUCCAAGAAAAGCUUUCCAUCAAGUGUAUUGAACACUUCUCCCUAAUGCUGGAGCAGAGAGUUGAAGGAUCUGGAACGAAACUCCUUUUGCUACAUGAACAAGAGACUCUAACUCAGGUGACCCAAAGGCCAAGCUCGCAUAAGAUGAGAUGUCUUUUCAGGAUUAGCUUUGUCCCAAAGGAUCCCAUUGAUCUUUUAAGGAGAGAUCCAGUUGCUUUUGAAUAUCUCUAUGUACAGAGCUGUAACGAUGUGGUCCAGGAAAGAUUUGGACCAGAACUGAAAUAUGACAUUGCCCUGCGGCUGGCUGCAUUACAAAUGUAUAUUGCAACUGUGACCACCAAGCAAACUCAGAAAAUCUCCCUCAAAUACAUCGAAAAAGAAUGGGGAUUAGAGACUUUUCUUCCAUCUGCUGUGCUGCAAAGCAUGAAAGAAAAGAACAUAAAGAAAGCACUUUCCCACCUUGUCAAAGCAAAUCAAAACCUAGUUCCUCCAGGCAAAAAGCUCUCUGCUCUGCAAGCCAAGGUGCAUUAUCUAAAGUUCCUCAGUGAUCUGCGAUUAUAUGGAGGGCGUGUCUUCAAGGCAACACUAGUGCAGGGAGAAAAGCGUUCAGAAGUGACUCUGUUAGUAGGGCCACGGUACGGAAUCAGCCAUGUGAUAAACACCAAAACAAACCUUGUGGCUCUCCUGGCAGACUUCAGCCACGUGAACAGAAUUGAGAUGUUUACAGAAGAUGAAAGCAGUGUUAGAGUUGAGCUGCAUGUCUUAGAUGUAAAACCUAUUACUCUUCUGAUGGAGUCAUCAGAUGCAAUGAAUCUUGCUUGCCUAACAGCUGGAUACUACAGACUGCUGGUUGACUCAAGGCGUUCAAUAUUUAACAUGGCCAACAAGAAAAACGCAGGGGGCCGAGAAACAGGACCUGAAAAUAGAGGGAAGCAUAAUAUCCUUGCUUCUGAGUGGAAUUGUAUACCAAAAACUACCACUUUCCUGGCCGAAGGAGAUCAGGAGGCUCAAAUGUCCUUUGCUGAUCCAAAGCAGAAGACUAUAGAUGUUUCUGAAAGUCUGUUAUGUCCAAAAGAACACAGACAUCUGUACAUAGAAAAUACUUAUAAUUCAGGUGGAUUUGAUCAGCAUCUGGCCAAGCAAAGUGACCCUGCUGAAACAGAAGAAACCAGAAAUUUUAGCCAGCCUUCACUGCUGUCACUCUCAGGUUUGGAACCUAGCAAGAAAGCACAGGAUUCUCCCAGGGGAGCAAAAGUUUCCUUUAUAUUUGGAGAUCCCAACUUGGAUGGUAUCAGUCCUCAGACUCUUGGCUAUGAAAGGCUUUUGGAUGAAAGUCCAGAAGUAUUAGAAAAACAAAGAGCCAUUUAUCUUAGUAAUGCCAAUGAUAUUAAAGGCCUGGAGUUGUCACCAGAUGCUGAAAGCAUUCAGUUCGCUACAAACUCUGUUUACGCAACUAUAAGCGAUGGUAAAAUAUUUGGAGCUGCAGAAGGGAUAGAAGAGCCUUUGCUGCAUGAUAUCUGUUAUGCAGAAAACACAGAUGAUGCCGAAGAUGAAGAUGAAGUAAGCUGUGAAGAAGAUAUUAUGGUAGGAGAAAUCAAUAGGCCUGCUCUUCUCAGCCUUUCUGGUUCUAGUGAUGACAUUAUUGAUUUGACUUCACUUCCACCUCCGGAAGGUGAUGACAAUGAAGAUGAUUUCCUUUUGCAUACCUUAAACAUGGCCAUUGCUGCUCCUCCACCUGGUUUCAGGGACAGUUCUGAUGAGGAAGACUCUCAGAAUCAAGCGACACAGCCUAGAGACAACAAGGAGCAAGACAGUAAUCUAGGCAAUGAUGACAUUCCAGUGUCGCUUAUCGAUGCUGUCCCUACUAAUACAGAGGGGAAGUGUGAGAAGGGGCUAGAUGAUGCUGUAGUCUCUACUCUUCAAGCACUAGAAGCUUUGGCUGCUUCAGAGGAACAGCAGACGAAUGACAAUUCAGGUGUAGCUAUCCUGCGAGCAUAUAGCCCUGAGUCAUCUUCAGAUUCUGGCAAUGAAACAAAUUCCUCUGAAAUGACUGAAAGCUCUGAACUAGCCACAGCACAGAAACAGUCGGAAAACACUGCACGUAUGUUUCUGACCACAAGUGAAGGCUACCAACCGCUUGUGGAAGAGCAGACUGAAUUUCCCAUUGCUAAGAAUCAGGCUGGAGGGCCAGGUAUGAAGCCCUCACAGCCUUUGGCUGGUGGUCAGGCUGCAGAGCUACAGUCAAAAGUUGUGCCUUCAAAGCAGAUUCUUCAUUCCGAUAACAUGGAAAUGGAGCCAGAGACCAUGGAAACAAAAUCUGUCACUGAUUAUUUUAGCAAAUUGCACAUGGGAUCCUUGGUAUAUUCUUGCACUAGUAAAAGGAAAAAUAAGAUGACAGAUAGCGAAGUAAAAGCAUCCUCUGAUGGCAAUGCUACUGUGAAAAAGCAACAGGGAAAUAAAAAAGCAGAGUCUGAUGAAGAUCUAAAAGCUAAAUUUGGAACUCUUUCAGCAAGAGACAGCCAGCGCUUAAGCACUUUCAAUGUGGAGAGAACUGCCUUUCGCCAAAGAUGGUACGCUGCCGAUGAUGGGGCAGCAGAUAAGCCAAGCCCAGAAACAGUUAAUGGGAAGACUUUUCCAAGAGUUCCUGUCCUUGGUAAAACAGAAACUGACUGUAAGGAUGAAGUGGAUCCUGAGGUGGAUCAGGAUGACACCUCAGGGCUUAGCCAAGGUGAAAACUUCCUGUCAGAUAUGACUCCCGUGUCUUCAGCCAAAGACCUAAAUGAUGCAGAAGAUACUGAUUUAUCUGCAGAUGACCAUCCUUCAAAGCUUCCAGAAGCUGAGCAGAGUGUGGCUAGACUUUGUGAGUAUCACUUGGCUAAGCGCAUGUCAUCUCUGCAAAGUGAAGGCCAUUUCUCGCUGCAGAGCUCUCAGUGCUCUUCAGUGGAUGCAGGAUGCAGCACAGGCAGUAGCACGUGUGCUACCCCCGUUGAAUCCCCUCUUUGUACCUCUGAUGGUAAACACAUCAUCUCUGAUCCAUCAAUGAAGGGCAUUGCCUAUGUUCCAGCAGAUGAAAGAGCCGCCAUUCUUCCAAACCAUGGAACGACAUACAAGGACCUGCACCAGCAGCCUGAAGCCGUGUGUCACAGAAUGACGGUGCCUGUUGUGCAUUCAGCAAUCAAUGCUGAACCGCUUUUCGGCACUUUGAGGGAAGGAUGUCAUCGGAUCCCCAAGAUAAAAGAAACUACAGUGUAGCUUUCACAGAGCCUGAAAAGGGAAGACAAGGAGGCAUGCCUACAGCUUUUCCUAGACAGCCUCUAGCUGACUCCAUCAUGCUAUCAUCCAUGCUAUCAGAAUCAAAG